AUUUGAACAUGGAAAAUGCAAAGCCGCAACGUGCGUACGCUCAGAAGAAUACGGAGCUCUGCCUGCGUUUGGCAAAUGCCGUGGAACGGCAGCCGAUAAUAUACACAAAAAGUUCGCGAAAUUACAAAAAUCGCAACUUGCAGAACGACGCUUGGUCUUGCGUCGCAACGGAGGUUGGAACCACAAUCGUUGAGGCUAAGCGCCUAUGGACCAACAUGCUAUGUAGCUUUCGAUCAUAUCGGUCGAAAGUGCGGCAGAGCAUGCAUGCUGGAACAGUUUUCCGGCCGAGGUGGUUCGCCUAUGAGGCGAUGAUGUUCAUGGCGAAUGCCACGGAGGACAACGACCAUGCCGAUACGGCUAGCAACAUUACAGACAUGGACAACGUAGGAUGUUCCCUUGUCCCGACCAAUGCUCCACAACGGCGUCGUCGUCGAAGAAAUCAUGAUGGCGGGGGCAGUGAGUUGAGCGAGGCCCUCAAGCAGCUGAUGGAGGCCACAAGGGAGAAUGCACACUCCCGGGAGAACACGUUUGGCCGCUGGGUCGCUGAAUUUCUCCGACAUUUUUCACCCGAAGAACAAGAUUUUGUUACGUCGAGGAUUCAGAGAUCCAUGCUCGAUGCGGAAGAUUUAGUUUUGGCCAAACGUGCUAACCGGGAGUAG